AUGAUGCUGUCCAACACGGCCAGUGGCCUCGCCACGUUGGUGGCCCUCUCUCUCGUCGUUCCCUCCCACGCCCUCCUCCGCUUCGGAUGUGCUCAGCUCGUCGUCCAGCGCCUUGAUCCCCUCGUCAAUCCCGGCCAGGUGCCGUCGGCCCAUCUCCACCAGAUUAUCGGCGGCAACUCGUUCAACGAGACCAUGACGCCCCUCGCGCACGACCUGCCCGGCUUGUCGACAUGCACAACGUGCCAGUUCGCCGAGGACUUCUCCAACUACUGGACGGCCGUGCUCUUCUUCCGCGCGCGCAACGGCACCUACAAGCGCGUGCCACAGGUGCCCAAUCUCGGCUUCGAGGGCACCCGCGGCGGCAUGACGGUGUACUACAUGCAGGACGCGCUCUUCGACUACGCGCAGGUGUCCAAGGUGACGGCGUUCAAGCCCGGUUUCCGCAUGCUCGUCGGCGACGCCAGCUUCCGCACCCGCGCGCAGACACAGCGCUUCCGCCAGCUGACCUACACGUGCCUGGCGCAACGGUCGACGCGCUCGCCCGAGACGCUGGGCUUCCCCACCCGGCCCUGCCCGGCCGGCAUCAUGGCCAACAUCCGCUUCCCCACCUGCUGGGACGGCGUCCACCUGGACUCGCCCUCGCACCAGGACCACGUCGCCUACCCGGCCGAGGGCACCUUUGAGUCCGGCGGCCCCUGCCCCGACACCCACCCCGUGCGCAUCCCCCAGCUCAUGUACGAGACCAUCUGGGACACGUCCGCCUUCAACGACCCGGACCUCUGGCCGCCCGCCAACGCGACCGAGCCGCAGCCCUUUGUCUGGUCCAUGGGCGACCGCACGGGCUACGCGACCCACGGCGACUACAUGUUUGGCUGGAAAGGCGACGCGCUGCAGCGGGCCAUGGACGAGCCGUGCUACGUCAACUGUAAAAACGUAACAACGCAGUCCAUUGCGGAGCAGAACAAGUGCUCGGCGCCCGACAUCGUCCAGGAGGACAUUGACGGAUGGCUCACUGAGCUUCCAGGCAUCAGCAGCAGCAAGAUGGCCACGCCCAUGCAUUGA